GGUCGGUGGUUGCCCUGUGAGUUUUGGGGACACCACCCUUUGGCCCCCAACUGCUUUUCCCAGUGUCUUCUUUUUUCUGCCCUGCUCUAUCUGCCAUGGAGCUGUGGGUGGCCAUGUACCUCCUCGGACCCCUGUUGGACCUGUACAGGUGCCUGGAGCUCGUGCUGCAGGCUGGUGCCCUGGCAUUCAUGUACCAGGACGCAAAGAUCACUUUGGACUCCCUCACCAGGGAGGUUCUGGCAACCGCUUGGCAUCAGCACCCUACCAUUGACCGGCCCAUCUGGACUUUGGAGACGAGCACCGACUGGUGGGACCGUGUGGUCCUUGGACUACGGGAUGACCACCAGUGGAUCUGGAAUUUUCGGAUGAGGAAGCGGACCUUCUUGACGCUGUGCACCUGGCUCACCCCCGCACUGCAGAGAACCGCCACCCGGCUGCGGGCACCCAUCCCCGUCAACAAGAGGGUUGCCAUCGCGCUGUGGAAGCUGGCCACACCGGACAGCUACCGCUCGGUGGCACACCAGUUCGGGGUGGGAAGAUCCAACAUUGGAGUGAUCGUCAUCCAGGUUGUCCACGCCAUCAAUGACGUCCUGCUGCCGAGAAUCAUCCGCCUGCGCGACGUCGAUGAGACCAUGGCCGGCUUCGCUGCCCUCGGGUUCCCCAACUGCGGGGGAGCCCUGGACGCCACCCACAUCGCCAUCCGGGCCCCGGAGCAUCGAGCAGCCCACUUUAUGAACAGAAAGGGGUACUGCUCCAUCGUCCUGGCUGAGAACUAUUCUCUUCAUGAACUGCCUCGCGUCAGCCCAGACAGUCACAGCAUUUCCCUUUUGCUAGAAAAGCAGCUCACUAGCGCUUCCUAUAACACUGCUGCUCAGUCCAAGAGUCAUGGAGCUGAGGUCAUCCUGCCACAUACCCAUUAG